CCUGCUUGCCAGACAGGUCUGACGGCAGUCACUUGUCUGGUCAGAACCCGCUUUCCCAUCAUCCUCUAUCCCCUGGCCCCUGGGGUGCAGACCCUCAUCCACCGGAGAGUGUUGGGAUUCCUAUUCUGACUUGGGAAGUGCUAGGGGAACCCAGGUGAUAUCGCCUGGUGAGGGCGGGUGCUGAGCAGGUGCGGACACAGCAUAGGAGAGUAGCCAAGCCUGGCCUGUUCUCAAGCGGGGUAGCCCUCGUUUUACUAUUUCCUAUAUUGGGCUUCUACGGAGCAUUUGAUUUUUAAAAAGGAUUCUGUGGCUUUUUAAAAAGUUUGAAAGCCGCUGGUCCAGCGGUUUUUACCACCAAGGAAACUGAGGCCCAGGGAGAGGAAGUGACUUGUUAAGAUCAUCCAGCAAAUAGUGGGCAGGGACUGGGAGCGAUAAUUUCACGGGAGCCUCCCAGGGCUGGUAACAGGACCCCGCGUGGUGUCUCUGCUAGAGGGAGAGACUGAUUGGGUGUCCGAGUGGCCCUCCCGUGGCCUGCUCUGUGGCUGUGUCAGAGCCAGACCCCCAGUGUCUGGGAAACAGCAGUCGGUCCUGGGGUAAGGCGCAGUUUGAGUGGCCCAGAGUGGCUCUCUGUGUCAGGAGGUUCUGGUGCUGGAGAAAAGGGCUUUGCCCAAAAACACAGCCAGGAAGAGCACCCACAGCUCUCUUUGGCCACAGCCUGGAACAGAGUCCCAUGUGAAACAAGAUCAUGAGAAAUACAGCAAGCCUCCAGGUUUGAGACAAACUGGGACUAGAGGAGUCGGCACUCCUCACCCUCCCGAGCCCUGCCCGUCUCGGCCCCAUGCCCCCACCAAUCAGCCCCGAGCCACAGGCAGUGAGCAGGCACCUGGGAGCCGAGGCCCUGUGACCAGGCCACGGAGACGGGCGCUCCAGGGUCCCAGCCACCUGUCCCCCCCAUGGAGCUGAGGCCCUGGUUGCUAUGGGUGGUAGCAGCAACAGGAACCUUGGUCCUGCUAGCAGCUGAUGCUCAGGGCCAGAAGGUCUUCACCAACACGUGGGCUGUGCGCAUCCCUGGAGGCCCAGCGGUGGCCGACAGCGUGGCACGGAAGCAUGGGUUCCUCAACCUGGGCCAGAUCUUCGGGGACUAUUACCACUUCUGGCAUCGAGGAGUGACAAAGCGGUCCCUGUCGCCUCACCGCCCGCGGCACAGCCGGCUGCAGAGGGAGCCUCAAGUGCAGUGGCUGGAACAGCAGGUGGCAAAGCGACGGACUAAACGGGACGUGUACCAGGAGCCCACAGACCCCAAGUUUCCUCAGCAGUGGUACCUGUCUGGUGUCACUCAGCGGGACCUGAAUGUGAAGGAGGCCUGGGCGCAGGGCUACACAGGGCACGGCAUUGUGGUCUCCAUUCUGGACGAUGGCAUCGAGAAGAACCACCCGGACUUGGCAGGCAAUUAUGAUCCUGGGGCCAGUUUUGAUGUCAAUGACCAGGACCCUGACCCACAGCCUCGGUACACACAGAUGAAUGACAACAGGCAUGGCACACGGUGUGCGGGGGAAGUGGCUGCGGUGGCCAACAACGGUGUCUGUGGUGUAGGUGUGGCCUACAACGCCCGCAUUGGAGGGGUGCGCAUGCUGGAUGGCGAGGUGACAGAUGCAGUGGAGGCACGCUCGCUGGGCCUGAACCCCAACCACAUCCACAUCUACAGUGCCAGCUGGGGCCCCGAGGAUGACGGCAAGACAGUGGAUGGUCCAGCCCGCCUCGCCGAGGAGGCCUUCUUCCGUGGGGUUAGCCAGGGCCGAGGGGGGCUGGGCUCCAUCUUUGUCUGGGCCUCGGGGAACGGGGGCCGGGAACAUGACAGCUGCAACUGCGACGGCUACACCAACAGUAUCUACACGCUGUCCAUCAGCAGCGCCACGCAGUUUGGCAACGUGCCGUGGUACAGCGAGGCCUGCUCGUCCACACUGGCCACGACCUACAGCAGUGGCAACCAGAAUGAGAAGCAGAUCGUGACGACUGACUUGCGGCAGAAGUGCACGGAGUCUCACACGGGCACCUCAGCCUCUGCCCCCUUAGCAGCCGGCAUCAUUGCUCUCACCCUGGAGGCCAAUAAGAACCUCACAUGGCGGGACAUGCAACACCUGGUGGUACAGACCUCGAAGCCAGCCCACCUCAACGCCAACGACUGGGCCACCAAUGGUGUGGGCCGGAAAGUGAGCCACUCAUAUGGCUACGGGCUUUUGGACGCAGGCGCCAUGGUGGCCCUGGCCCAGAAUUGGACCACAGUGGCCCCCCAGCGGAAGUGCAUCAUCGACAUCCUCACCGAGCCCAAAGACAUCGGGAAACGGCUCGAGGUGCGGAAGACCGUGACUGCGUGCCUGGGCGAGCCCAACCACAUCACUCGGCUGGAGCACGCUCAGGCGCGGCUCACCCUGUCCUAUAAUCGCCGUGGCGACCUGGCCAUCCACCUGGUCAGCCCCCUGGGCACCCGCUCCACCCUGCUGGCAGCCAGGCCACAUGACUACUCCGCAGAUGGGUUUAAUGACUGGGCCUUCAUGACAACUCAUUCCUGGGAUGAGGAUCCCUCUGGCGAGUGGGUCCUAGAGAUUGAAAACACCAGCGAAGCCAACAACUAUGGGACGCUGACCAAGUUCACCCUCGUACUCUAUGGCACCGCCCCUGAGGGGCUGCCCGUACCUCCAGAAAGCAGUGGCUGCAAGACCCUCACGUCCAGUCAGGCCUGUGUGGUGUGCGAGGAAGGCUUCUCCCUGCACCAGAAGAGCUGUGUCCAGCACUGCCCUCCAGGCUUCGCCCCCCAAGUCCUCGAUACGCACUAUAGCACCGAGAAUGACGUGGAGACCAUCCGGGCCAGCGUCUGCGCCCCUUGCCACGCCUCAUGUGCCACAUGCCAGGGGCCGGCCCCGACAGACUGCCUCAGCUGCCCCAGCCACGCCUCCUUGGACCCUGUGGAGCAGACUUGCUCCCGGCAAAGCCAGAGCAGCCGAGAGUCCCCGCCACAGCAGCAGCCACCCCGGCUGCCCCCGGAGGUGGAGGCGGGGCCGCGGCUGCGGGCAGGGCUGCUGCCCUCACACCUGCCUGAGGUGGUGGCCGGCCUCAGCUGCGCCUUCAUCGUGCUGGUCUUCGUCACUGUCUUCCUAGUCCUGCAGCUGCGCUCUGGCUUUAGCUUCCGGGGGGUGAAGGUGUACACCAUGGACCGUGGCCUCAUCUCCUACAAGGGGCUGCCCCCUGAAGCCUGGCAGGAGGAGUGCCCGUCCGACUCAGAAGAGGACGAGGGCCGGGGCGAGAGGACCGCGUUUAUCAAAGACCAGAGCGCCCUCUGAUGAGCCCACUGCCCACCCCCUCAAGCCAAUCCCCUCCUUGGGCACUUUUUAAUUCACCAAAGUAUUUUUUUAUCUUGGGACUGGGUUUGGACCCCAGCUGGGAGGCAAGAGGGGUGGAGACUGCUUCCCAUCCUACCCUCGGGCCCACCUGGCCACCUGAGGUGGGCCCAGGACCAGCUGGGGCGUGGGGAGGGCCGUACCCCACCCUCAGCACCCCCUCCAUGUGGAGAAAGGAGUGAAACCUUUAGGGCAGCUUGCCCCGGCCCCGGCCCCGGCCCCGGCCCCGGCCCCGGCCCCAGCCAGAGUUCCUGCGGAGUGAAGAGGGGCAGCCCUUGCUUGUUGGGAUUCCUGACCCAGGCCGCAGCUCUUGCCCUUCCCUGUCCCUCUAAAGCAAUAAUGGUCCCAUCCAGGCAGUCGGGGGCUGGCCUAGGAGGUAUCUGAGGGAGGAGGCCACCUCUCCAAGGGCUUCUGCACCCUCCACCCUGUCCCCCAGCUCUGGUGAGUCUUGGCGGCAGCAGCCAUCAUAGGAAGGGACCAAGGCAAGGCAGGUGCCUCCAGGUGUGCAAGUGGCAUGUGGCCUGUGGCCUGUGUCCCAUGUCCCAUGACCCACCCCUGUGCUCCGUGCCUCCACCACCACUGGCCACCAGGCUGGCACAGCCAAGGCUGAAACUCUGGCUGAACCCUGUGCUGGUGUCCUGACCACCCUCCCCUCUCUUGCACCCGCCUCUCCCGUCAGGGCCCAAGUCCCUGUUUUCUGAGCCCGGGCUGCCUGGGCUGUUGGCACUCACAGACCUGGAGCCCCUGGGUGGGUGGUGGGGAGGGGCGGUGGCCCAGCCGGCCUCUCUGGCCUCCCACCCGAUGCUGCUUUCCCCUGUGGGGAUCUCAGGGGCUGUUUGAGGAUAUAUUUUCACUUUGUGAUUAUUUCACUUUAGAUGCUGAUGAUUUGUUUUUGUAUUUUUAAUGGGGGUAGCAGCUGGACUACCCACCUUCUCACACCCACCGUCCGCCCUGCUCCUCCCUGGCUGCCCUGGCCCUGAGGUGUGGGGGCUGCAGCAUGUUGCUGAGGAGUGAGGAAUAGUUGAGCCCCAAGUCCUGAAGAGGCGGGCCAGCCAGGUGGGCUCAAGGAAAGGGGGUCCCAGUGGGAGGGGCAGGCUGACAUCUGUGUUUCAAGUGGGGCUCGCCAUGCCGGGGGCUCAUAGGUCACUGGCUCUCCAAGUGCCAGGGGUGGGCAGGUGGUGGCACUGAGCCCCCUCCAACACUGUGCCCUGGUGGAGAAAGCACUGACCUGUCAUGCCCCCCCUCAAACCUCCUCUUCUGACGUGCCUUUUGCACCCCUCCCAUUAGGACAAUCAGUCCCCUCCCAUCUGGGAGCCCCCUUUUCUUUCUCUCCCCUAGCCAUUCCUGGUACCCAGCCAUCUGCCCAGGGGUGCCCCCUCCUCUCCCAUCCCCCUACCCUGGUGGCCAGCCCGGCUGGUUUUGUAAGAUACUGGGUUGGUGCACAGUGAUUUUUUUCUUGUAAUUUAAACAGGCCCAGAAUUGUUGGUUCUAUUUAAUGGACACGAGAUAAUGUUAGAGGUUUUAAAGUGAUUAAACGUGCAGACUAUGCAAACCAGG